AGAGAGAGAGACACGGGGAUAUAGAUACAUAGAUAUAUAUCUUGUAUCUAGACUUCAACACCUACAUAUAGAUAUAGAUAUAUAAACAUAAAGAGAGAGAAAGCUCUCUGCUUUCUGCUUUGCUUUGCUUUGCUUCUUGAAUCUUGAUAUUUGUUGUAUCAUUAAUAAUUGAUCUUUUGCUAAGGGGCCAGUGAAUUGCAAUGUCUUCUUUAAGUAGGGAACUAGUGUUCUUGAUCUUGCAGUUUCUUGAUGAAGAAAAAUUCAAAGAGACUGUUCACAAGCUUGAACAAGAAUCAGGAUUUUUCUUUAACAUGAAGUAUUUCGAAGAGGAAGUGCACAAUGGAAACUGGGAUGAGGUUGAGAAAUACCUUUCGGGUUUCACUAAAGUCGACGAUAAUCGCUAUUCGAUGAAGAUAUUUUUCGAGAUUAGAAAGCAAAAGUAUCUUGAAGCAUUGGAUAAGCAUGACAGGUCCAAAGCUGUAGAAAUUCUUGUAAAAGAUCUUAAAGUGUUUGCUUCAUUUAAUGAAGAUCUUUUUAAGGAGAUAACUCAGUUAUUAACUUUGGAGAAUUUUAGGGAAAAUGAACAAUUAUCCAAAUAUGGAGACACGAAAUCGGCUCGAGCGAUAAUGUUGGUUGAACUUAAGAAGUUAAUCGAAGCGAAUCCUUUGUUUCGUGACAAAUUGCAGUUUCCAAACCUUAAGAAUUCAAGAUUAAGGACUCUCAUAAACCAAAGCUUGAACUGGCAACACCAGCUUUGUAAAAACCCGAGGCCGAAUCCCGAUAUCAAGACGUUAUUUGUUGACCAUUCGUGUGGUCAACCGAAUGGUGCGCGUGCUCCUUCGCCUGCGAAUAAUCCGCUUCUUGGAGCGUUACCGAAAGCUGGCGGCUUUCCUCCUUUGGGUGCACAUGGGCCGUUUCAACCCGCACCGGCUCCGGUACCAACUCCGCUUGCGGGUUGGAUGUCUAAUCCGCCAGCUGUAUCUCAUCCAACGGUUUCCGGUAGUGCAAUCGGUCUCGGUAGUCCCUCUAUUUCAGCUGCUUUGAAGCAUCCAAGAACUCCGACAAAUCCUUCGUUGGAUUACCCGUCUGCAGAUUCUGAUCAUAUGAGCAAAAGAACGAGAAUCAUGGGGAUAACCGAAGAGGCGAAUCUUCCGGUUAAUGUAUUGCCUGUGUCAUUCCCGGGGCAUUCCAGUCAUAAUCAAGCUUUUAACGCACCUGAUGACUUGCCGAAAACCGUUGCGCGAACGUUAAGCCAGGGGUCAUCUCCUAUGAGCAUGGACUUUCAUCCCGUUCAACAAACGUUACUUUUAGUUGGAACGAACGUGGGCGACAUAGGAUUGUGGGAAGUUGGUUCACGUGAAAAACUCGUUCUUAAAAAUUUCAAAGUUUGGAAUCUUAGUGCGUGUUCAGUGUCUCUUCAGGCGGCUUUAGUAAAAGAUCCCGGUGUCUCAGUGAACCGUGUAAUCUGGAGUCCAGAUGGUUCAUUGUUCGGAGUUGCGUAUUCAAGGCACAUUGUUCAAAUAUAUUCUUAUCAUGGAAGUGACGACGUGCGACAAAAUGUAGAGAUUGAUGCUCAUGUUGGUGGAGUAAAUGAUCUUGCAUUCUCUCAUCCAAACAAGCAGCUCUGUGUGAUAACGUGUGGUGACGACAAAACCAUCAAGGUUUGGGAUGCAACAACCGGUGUAAAAAAGUACACUUUUGAAGGCCAUGAAGCACCUGUUUAUUCUGUAUGCCCUCACUAUAAAGAGAAUAUUCAGUUUAUAUUUUCAACGGCUCUUGACGGGAAAAUAAAAGCAUGGUUAUACGAUAACAUGGGAUCAAGAGUUAAUUACGAGGCUCCUGGCAGGUGGUGCACAACAAUGGCAUAUAGCGCUGACGGAACAAGGCUUUUUUCAUGCGGGACCAGCAAAGACGGCGAAUCACACAUCGUAGAGUGGAACGAAAGUGAAGGCGCCGUAAAACGAACAUAUAUCGGUUUCCGCAAACGAUCUUUAGGUGUUGUGCAAUUCGACACAACAAAAAACCGGUUUUUAGCAGCUGGUGAUGAUUUUUCGAUCAAAUACUGGGAUAUGGAUAACGUUCAGCUUUUAACAAGCGUUGAUGCCGAUGGAGGUCUUCCGGCAAGUCCACGAAUCCGAUUUAAUAAAGACGGUGCUCUUUUGGCUGUUUCGACUAGUGACAACGGUAUCAAGAUUUUAGCGAACCCCGACGGGCUUCGGUUACUUCGAACGUUUGAAAACGUUUCUUUCGAUGGUUCUGCGUCAAGAACUCCUGAAGCUCCAAAGCCUACCAUAAACGCGUUAUCUGCUGCUGCUGCUGCUGCUGCUAGUAAUGCUGCAUUAGCAGAAAGGGCUGCUGCACCCGUUGGAUCCAUCUCUGCAGCGAACGGGGAUGCGAGAAGCUUGCCAGAUGUGAAACCUCGGAUUGGGGAAGAAUCUAACGACAAAUCGAAGAUUUGGAAACUAAGCGAGAUUAACGAAGCUUCUCAAUGUCGGUCGUUGAAGCUCCCUGAGAACAUGAGAGUAACAAAGAUAUCAAGAUUGAUAUAUACAAAUUCGGGAAAUGCGAUUUUAGCACUAGCGUCAAAUGCGAUACAUUUGCUAUGGAAAUGGCAGCGUAACGAGCGUAAUUCAAACGGCAAGGCGACAGCUGGCGUUUUACCGCAAUUGUGGCAACCGUCAAGUGGGAUUUUGAUGACGAAUGACGUGGCGGAGACGAACCCUGAAGAAUCGGUUGCUUGCUUUGCAUUGUCUAAAAAUGAUUCGUAUGUUAUGUCGGCAUCCGGCGGAAAGAUUUCGUUGUUUAAUAUGAUGACAUUCAAGACGAUGACAACGUUCAUGCCACCGCCACCUGCCGCAACGUUUCUUGCGUUCCACCCUCAAGACAACAAUAUUAUAGCGAUUGGCAUGGAUGACUCGACAAUCCAGAUUUAUAACGUUCGUGUUGAUGAGGUUAAAAGCAAGCUUAAAGGUCACUCGAAAAGAAUCACGGGUCUCGCCUUUUCUCAUGUGCUAAAUGUUCUCGUCUCGUCUGGUGCUGAUGGUCAGAUUUGUGUAUGGAGUUCUGACGGAUGGGAAAAACAGAAGGCGCGAUACGUUCAACUUCCGCCAGGGAGAACACCGUCACCACAAUCCGACACUCGCGUGCAGUUUCAUCAUGAUCAGAUCCAUUUUCUCGUUGUUCACGAGACCCAACUCGCUAUUUACGAAACAACGAAACUAGAAUGCGUAAAGCAGUGGGUUCAACGGGAAAACUCAGCGCCGAUAUCACACGCAACGUUUUCAUGCGAUAGUCAGCUGAUAUACGCGAGUUUCUUUGAUGCAACCAUUUGCGUGUUUACCGCUUCCCACCUUCGCCUUCGGUGUAAGAUUAAUCCGUACGCAUAUCUUACAAGUAAUCUGCACGUGCACCCGAUGGUGAUCGCUGCUCAUCCACAAGAACCGAAUCAGUUUGCGUUAGGCCUUUCUGAUGGAACCGUUCAUGUUCUGGAGCCACUUGAAUCUGAUGGUAGAUGGGGGGUGCCACCACCGGCUGAAAACGGGUCCACGAGCACCGUACCGGCGGCUACACCACCGGCUGCUGGUUCAGGGUCGGAACAACCCGCCCAGAGGUGACCAGAUUGUAAUCUAGUUGACUAAACACUUGUUUUCUGUGCAGUUCCAACUUUGUAGUUAUGUUGCUGGUCCUAGUGCUGUUUGUUAUU